UCGGGCCUCCGGGACUCGGGUUCGACUCCGGUGCAACUCUCGUGUGGCGCACUUGUCCAGGUUUGUCCGGUAGGUAACGAGGCGGAAAGAGGCAGCGCUCACUCACCGGAGACACUUCUACCGACGCGGCGUCGCACGACCUCGUCCCCGCGGCGGAAAGUUUGUCACUGAGCCGAAACAUUAGCGGGUCUGAAACUUUUCUCCUUCCUCCUCCACCGCAGGAGACACUUCGUGAAGAGAAAGAAAGAUGGCAGACAGCGAAGAGCAGCACGUCUCGUCCACUUCCCCUCUGUUCAGCGGGGCGAUGCACCACUACCAGGCCGACCCGGACCCCGAGCCGGAGCCGGACCGGCCCGAGCAGGACCUCUUCGGCGUGGACGAUAUCGUGGACCUGGUCGGCGGCGCUCAGGACGCGCUGGAGCGGCACUUCGCCGAGGACAGUGCGCCACACGAGGUCACACAAGUUCCGUUCGCCCCGGUGACGCUACUGGAGCCCGAACCGGUGUCGGUGCCACACGCAGAGGACCCGCAGCCCCAGGUGCAGACGUCGUUCGCGGACUCCACCAGCUCGUGUUUCGCUGCCGAGCCCACCCUCAUGGCCGAGGAGCCCGUGAUCACCCUCGCCCCCAGAGCCCAGCCGGAGAGCACGACCCUCGUACCGGAGCCGAAGGCGGCCCCCGAGUCCGAGCCUGCCCCGGAGAGCGACGCCCUCCCAGCGGCCGAACCCUGGAAAGCAGCCCCAGCCCCCGCAGAGGCAGCAGAGCGACCUGCGGCGACGGAGGAAGCACCGGCUCCUGCAUCGUGUUUCCUUCAUCACUGGAACAGCAGAGAUGUACCUUCUCCUUCUAAAGCUCAGCCUCAUCCUCUGAUGCAAUUCCCGAAAGCACUUGGGCAGAAGGGUGAUUUCCCUGCUCCCAUCUCUCCUCUCUCCCCUCUUCACUCCCCCGACUCUCUGGAGGAUCUCUCUCUGACCGAGAGUCCCAACCAGCCCCCUUCUUCAGGAUCUGGUGCACCCCUGGGCUCCUUCGCCACUCAACCCCCUACUACUUAUUCCAAGAACAUGCCUUGGGAGGGUGAAGAGGGUGAACCCGGAUCGGGCCUUAGUAAGAAUAAGGAAGACCUUCUAGAUCAGUUAGCUGGUCCUUACUUGAGUUUAGGGAAAGACCCAGGGCCUCACCACCCGUGUGAAGACAGCGGCGUUUCCUUUUCACCUGAGGAGAAGCUGAUUAGCUCAGACAGGUCCCCCAUUGGCCCCUCCCCCGUGAGCCCCCAGAUGAUGGUGCCAGAGUCUCACCUUGCCUCCUCUAACCCAACAGAGCACUGGGAUUCACCGUUCCUAGCAUCUCAAGACAACUCCAAGGUCUCCAUGGAUAGCUUCUCCAUGGAUAGCUUCUCCAAGGACGCGGCCCCCAUUAGCUCCUCCAAGUAUGAUGAGCCAGACCUGCACAGCGACCAGUCUGAUGAAGAUGAUGACGACUUGAUGUACGAGGUGAAGAAGAAUGUAAAUCCAUUUGAAGGCUUUUCCCCACUGGCAGAUAGUGGGUUCUCCCAUUUUGGAGACACUAAGUCUGACAGCAGAGCCUCUAAAAUGUCAGAGAGUCCCACUCCAGAUCUGGUCCAGUACGGGCAGACUGGAGAGUCCCAGGAGAUCCCACCGUCCUUUAUGGACGAGGGGAAAACAUUUGAGACGGGCAAAAUGGCCGCUGACUCGCUCAUGCAAUCGAUGAAUCAGUUCUCAACUGGUUUCAAGGAUGAUGAAGUGGAAGAAGAGGAUUCUGCUCUCCCAACGUCGCUUCCAGACAUCCUGAAGUCUUCCCCGCUCAACCUUGAAAAAUUGGACUCCGGCUCCUCAGAGGGAAGCCCGGAGGAGCAGAGUCCCAUCUUGGAACGGAGGAUGAUGGAGUCCCCCAACCCCCCAAUCAAUCUGUCGGCUAACAAUCCAUUUGCUUUUGAUGCUAAAGUGUCCCUGCUGAAGGAGAUGGCUGAUGAGUUGGAGGUGAAAGCUGUUGACAAACCAACAGUCGAUGAUGACACAAGCUUUGGCGCUUUCGAUCUUGUCAAAGAGGCAGAGGAAACUAGCCCAGUUGCGGUCAAAGUAGAGGAACCUGUCAAGAUUGAGCAGAAAGAUUGGUUCUCGAGCCAUGAUUCUCCCAAAAUGACCGACAAGUUUGAACCACUUGACUUUCAGGGCAGAAAGACCCCUGCUGAGGAUUCAGAUUCAGAGUCGCCAACUGCAGACUCUCUGUCUCCAGUUCUGGAAGCCAUGGCUAAAAAUCCUGCCAUCUUCCAGGUGGAAACGAAGGAGGACCUGAAGAUGGAGAUGGACGUGGAGGAGGCAGAGGUGGCCGAGGAGGUCUCUGAGCAUGAAGUGUCCUCUGAGGAGUUUGAGUUCAUCGAGCGACCACCCAGGGGUGUCAUCGACGAGUUUCUCGAGGCUCUGGAUACUUCCAAGUUCGCCUCCUCCAAGCCCCCAGAAAUCCCAAUGGAUGACGACCUGAGCUUCGGUCAGAAAGAUGUGGCUCCAUUCUCUGCUCCACCUCCAACAAAAGUCGCCCCACCCCCAGAGGUCGAAGAGGAGGCUCCAAGUCAGAGCUCCUACUGCCUCCUCACUCAGACGUCCCCCCAGAAGAGCAAGGCCGAGCUGGAGAAGCUCGACAUUCAGCAGCCGGCGCCGCCGCCGCCCUCGGCUCCGCUCGCCCAUUCACCCGUCCGCAAGCCAGAGGAGCCGGUUGCCCAGAAGAGCGUGGUGGGCGGCAAACUGUUAAAGAUGCCAAACCUGAACAUAAGCGCAGUGGUGGAUCUCCUCUACUGGCGCGAUGUGAAGACCACGGGCGUGGUGUUUGGCGCCGCCCUGUUGCUGCUCCUCUCGCUGACGGUGUGCAGCAUCGUGAGCGUGUCGUCCUACAUCGGCCUGGCGCUGCUCUCCGUCACCAUCUGCUUCAGGAUAUACAAGGGCAUCCUGCAGGCCAUCCAGAAGUCGGAUGAGGGACACCCGUUCAAGCUGUACCUGGACCAGGAGGUGGCGCUGUCCGAGGACAUGGUCCACAAGUACAGCGACAUGGCUCUGGCCAAACUCAACAAGAGCAUCGGUGACCUGCGGCGCCUGUUCCUGGUCGAGGACCUGGUCGACUCCAUCAAGUUCGCCGUGUUCAUGUGGAUCCUGACUUACGUCGGUGCCUUGUUCAACGGACUCACGCUGAUCAUCCUGGGUCUGAUCGCAGCAUUCAGCUGCCCGAUCGUUUAUGAGAAACACCAGACUCAGAUCGAUCACUACGUCGGGCUCGUCAACAACCAGGUCAAAGACAUCGUCGGGAAGAUCCAGGCGAAGGUUCCCGGGAUGAAGCGCAAGGCGGAGUAAAGAAACGACAAGUCGCAGUUUGGAUUCAGGAAAAGUCCUGAGAGGGAGAGGGAGGGAGAGAGGGAUGAAUGAAUAUGAAGGAAGGAGGAGGAGGAGUAGUCUGGCUGGGACGCAGCACUUCUAACUUUAUUUGUCAAAAGAAAAUUUAAGAACACUUUUUUCCGACUCUACAGUUUUUACAAAUCCCCUCUUUUUUUUUUCUUCCUUUUUUUCAACUUCUAAAGUCAAGUUGUGAAAUGUUUGUUUUUGUGAGAUGAUAAAAACUCACAGAAACACAUUUUGAUCUUGAACGUUCCCCCCCCUCUCUCUCUCUCCUCCCAGUGCAUUGUGGGAGGUCCGAGGCUUUGAUGGUGGUUUUUCCCGUGAUUUGAAUUAGUCUCUUUCUUUCCCCUUCCUGCCGCCGUCGAGCCGAGCGGACAGAUUCUUUUUCUUUCGUCUCGUCGGCGUCGGAAGACGAGCAGACGACAC